CUCGGAACUCCAGGCGUGGUCACACUGACUGACAUGCUGCGGCAAGCAACCUUUGUACCAGACAGUGGUCAACAAUGUGCAAAAGGUCUGCCAUGCUGGUCUCUGUCUUCCUGUCUAACUGUUGGGACUGAACAGUGGUCCUCCUUGGGAUGGACCUGGCAUCAGAGAGUAAAAUGAACUCUGAGGGGGGUGAGGGCAGACCAGUCCCUCCUACAUCUCUACCCCUGCAAGGAGGUCCUUCCCAAAGGAAAAAGCUAUCUGCCCCUCGUAUCAGCCUGUCACUGGACCAGAGCGAGGAUGACUUGGGGGAGACGCCAGAUGAUCUCUACAUUAAUGUUGACGACCUCGACACUCCAGAUGAGGGGGAUUACCUCGACUACACGGACCAUGAAAUGGACUGGGAAGACCCCAAUGCAGCCAAUAGGAGUGGGAUAAGUGAACCUUAUGAACCAAUACCAACAUACAGUGCUGAGGAGGAGCGCCAAGAUGGCAGACUAUGGAGGACGGUCAUCAUUGGGGAACAGGAACACCGCAUCAACAUGAAGCUUAUUGAGCCCUACCAGAGAGUCAUCUCCCACGGAGGCUACUAUGGAAACGGAGUGAAUGCCAUCAUAGUGUUUGCAGCCUGUUUCCUCCCAGACAGUGACAGGGAAGACUACCAUGAAAUCAUGGAGAACCUCUUCCUUUACGUGAUCAGCACACUGGAGCUGAUGGUGGCGGAGGACUACAUGAUUGUGUACCUGAAUGGAGCCACACCCCACAGAAGAAUGCCUGGUCUUGGCUGGCUGAAGAAAUGCUAUCAGAUGAUUGACAGAAGGCUCAGGAAAAAUUUGAAAUCUUUCAUUAUUCUCCACCCAUCAUGGUUUAUCAGGACCAUUCUAGCCAUCACCAAGCCUUUCAUCAGUGCCAAGUUCAGCAGUAAGAUAAAGUAUGUGACCAGUUUGGACGAGCUUGAGAAAUUCAUCCCUAUGGACUGCAUCCAGAUCCCAGAGUGCAUCAUUAGACUUGACAAGGAACUGAAGGAAGCAGCAGAGAACUCAAAAGUGAACAGUUUUCUGCUGGGACCAGAGCCAACAGCAGCAGCCAGAACAGACAGACCACAUGAAGCCGGUGCCAGCAGCUCUUAAAUCCCAACAUCCUAAAUGGAUGGGUCACCUCAAUGUUCAGAAUCAGAAGUCGCUGUUAUAUUUUGUGGGUGAAGCUGCAAAAACAAAGACAAAGGCUUGUUAAGCUAGUGUGUGUAUGUGUGUGUAAGUGUUUGUUAAUUAGACACUUGAGUUUAAUAUGAAAACACAACCUACAAUAGUACCUGUUAGCACUCAGAUCUUAUUCUUUCUGGCUGCUGUAGCAUCUACUGUACCUUAAACCUGCGAUCCAGAAGCUCCAUAGUCAAGUGUGAUGCUUGGCCGCACUUACAGAGUAGCAUCAUUGUUCACGGUAGGGUAGGAAAAGCAAUUACACACCAGACAGUGCACUGCGCAAAUCCAUUUGUAGAGUCUAUAAUGUCGAAGUUGUGUGCGUGAGAAGCAGUGAAGCAAUAAUAUCACCCUUAACUGGUCACACACUCAGUAUUUCAGAUACAGACAUGACUUGUGUGUCAACAAUCUUCAAUAAAAGCACAAGGUUUUAGCCAAAACAUAAAGAAAAAACCUUGUACCACAGAUGAUGAUAACUAUUGCAUUGAAGCAAUCCAAUCCUCUGUCUUAAUACUUGUUCUGAAACUGGAAAAUAAAUCUACAUAUAGAUAUUUUAACUUUAUAGAGUCUAUCUAAAACCAAGAAGGAAAUACUUAAAUAUGAAAUGACGUUGUCAGUGCAGUGUGAGAGCAUGUCUUUUCAGGUCGGUGAAACUGUGUGUGUGAGUGUGUGUGAGUGUGUGUGUGUGUGUGUUUUCAGACUGUUUCUGUGAAAUCCAUAAUCAUCAGCUGGGAUUCAUCCUUACAACUUCUCCUGGAUCAUCAGAAACAAACCUCAGAAGAAAAUAAAGAUGAGAUUUCUGUAAAGCACAA